GAGGACCCUUUGAGAUCUCGCAUUCUCGGAGGACGCCCGAUUCUAGCCCCAAUGCAUUCUGGUGCUGUCCCCGCUCUUCUGUUGGGAUUCACCGCUAACGUGAAGCUGUGGUGAAGACCCAGAGUUUCUUCAGACAUGUCCGUGAGGGAAUCCUUUAACCCCGAAAGCUAUGAGCUGGACAAGAACUUCAGACUCACACGCUUUGCUGAGCUCAAGGGCACAGGCUGCAAGGUGCCCCAAGAUGUGUUACAGAAGCUGCUAGAAGCCCUUCAGGAGAACCACUAUCAAGAGGAUGAACAGUUCCUGGGGGCAGUUAUGCCCCGAUUAGGCAUAGGAAUGGACACAUGUGUGAUCCCUCUCAGACAUGGAGGCCUUUCUCUGGUCCAGACAACAGAUUACAUCUACCCCAUUGUGGAUGACCCCUACAUGAUGGGAAGAAUUGCUUGUGCCAAUGUUUUAAGUGACCUGUAUGCCAUGGGAGUAACAGAGUGUGACAACAUGUUGAUGCUUCUGGGAGUCAGCAACAAAAUGUCAGAGAAGGAGAGGGACAAAGUCAUGCCACUAAUCAUCCAGGGAUUCAAGGAUGCAUCAGAGGAGGCAGGCACAUCUGUAACAGGCGGACAGACGGUGCUCAACCCCUGGGUGGUAAUGGGAGGAGUUGCUACAACAGUCUGCCAACCCAACGAGUUUAUCAUGCCAGACAAUGCAGUGCCAGGAGACGUGUUGGUGUUGACCAAGCCACUUGGAACACAAGUGGCCGUUGCAGUACACCAGUGGCUAGAUAUUCCUGAGAAGUGGAACAAGAUCAAGCUGGUGGUAACCCAGGAGGAUGUAGAGCUGGCCUACCAUGAAGCCAUGAUGAACAUGGCUCGGCUCAACAGGACAGCGGCUGGUCUCAUGCACACCUUCAACGCUCAUGCAGCCACCGACAUCACAGGGUUUGGCAUCCUUGGUCAUGCUCAGACAUUGGCACGGCAACAACGAAGUGAGGUGUCAUUUGUCAUCCACAACCUCCCAGUGCUCGCCAAGAUGGCCGCCGUUUCCAAGGCCUGUGGGAACAUGUUUGGACUCAUGCACGGCACCUGCCCUGAAACAUCAGGAGGCCUGCUUAUCUGUCUGCCUCGGGAGCAGGCUGCCCGCUUCUGUGCCGAGAUCAAAUCCCCAAAAUACGGCGAAGGCCACCAAGCGUGGAUCAUCGGGAUUGUAGAGAAAGGAAACCGCACUGCUCGCAUCAUAGACAAACCGCGGAUCAUAGAGGUGGCACCACAAGCAGCCACGCAGAAUGUCAACCCAACUCCCGGUGCAACUUCUUAAUCCACCUUUGCUGCAUCAUAAACCGGAAGCCUAAUGCUGUGCUGAGUGUUUUUAGACACAUAAACUACAAAACCAUCCUAGAGUCUUGAAAUAUAUACACAACAUAGUAUGUACACAGAAAAGACUGGGUUGGCGUGUAUCUACAUGAAAAACAGCCCCACACAGUGGCCCAAGGGGCAUGUCAUCACCUAGUGGACUCAACCUGCAGUAUCCCCAUGAUAAAAAUUGGUAAGAAUUGGAGCGUACUUAAAGUCCAUUUGCCUUUCAUGUCUGUUGUAUUCUGUUAUGUUAAAUGUGCGUGACUGGCAGGCAGCUUCUGAUAAGAGAGUGAUAAUGAUGAUGAUGAAGACAAUAAUGUGAUACUGUUGAUUCAUUUUGAAUCUAAAGAAGUCUGGUGUCUGUUGCCUCUUAGGGUCUUUUAAAAUUGCUCUCAUCAAGCAAGUGGACCGCGUGAUGGUGUUUUUGUUUGUCCAUUCAUGUACAGUUAUAAAGCCUAGUUUUAGUUCAUUGCUGUAACCGAUGCCUUGAAAGAAACAGAGUGCGACCAGAAUGGUUUGUUUUUUAUUACUUUCACUUUUUGUAUUGUCCCCACCUCAACUAAUAAAUAUUCAAAUAGAAGAGCGUUUGGUUUUGCUCACUCUUUGGGAGCUGCAUUUUUUGUUAACGGAAUGAAUCAGCUCUGAAAUUAUCUACUUGCAUCAUAAAACUGCAGAUUGUUUUUACAUAAACAAUUAAUGUUGCCUCAUUCUGCAUUAACCUGAAGUCAGAGAAAUAUUGUGGUUUGAAGUCAUAAAGGAGAAGAAAUGGGCAUACCCCUCAGGAGAUGAACCUUUUACCAUUUGCAUUCCCAAUAUGUUAUCAUAUUUAAGGUAAUAUGGUAUAUAGCGUUAAAGCAGUCUGGGUUGUUAACAUCAAGUACUCUAAUCAGUGAGUUUGUUGCCUUUGUUCAUGAUCUGGUGCAUUUAGUUUUGCUUCUCAAUGUUGCUGCGAGCAGUCUGACUUACUGUUACAAAGCUUCAAGUUGAUUAAAUUGCAGAUUUUUUCAGUUUAUCCUAAUAGCCUGGAUGAAUCUGGAAGGCCUCUGUAAAUGUUCAUAUGGAUAUCAGGAACAAGAUAUGACCUCCACCCCACCUCUUAAAAUAAACGUCUCUUAUAAUA